GGGAGAGGCAGGAGGAGUUCCAGUCUCCCGAGUACCUGUCAUCUCUGUGACGUGGACAGCUGGCUCCAGUUGUAUUUUAAAUGAAAUCUCACCCUAAAGUAGAUACCACAUCUGGGAUUACGAUCAACCCUGUGAUCUGUCACUUAUAUAUAUGCACAGGGGAGUGGAGCGGUUUCCAUAGAGAGGAAAUAUCACAGCCCACUUUCGAACAAUACCAGAGAAGACGAAGCUGCGACCCCGAGCAGUCAGAAGUGCAGAGGAACUGCCUGGAGCAGCCCUGCUGGCCCUGGAGCUGCGCCCCUCACCCUGAACAUUUCCACUCCAGAGCAAAGUCCACUUACAGGGAGCAAUGCUGAUGCCCACUUACUUCCUGCUGCUCCUACUGCUGCUUCUGGGGGCCCCCGGGACAAGCCUCUCCCACAAGUUCUACAAUGCUGGGCCAGUCUUCAGCUGCCUCAACACAGCCCUGACUGAGGUCAAGAAGAACAAGCUGGAGGAUGUGCCUUCGCUGAGCAAGAAGAGCUUCGACCACCUGCCCCCACAAGACCCUUCGGGAGGAGAGGGGGAACAGAAGCAUGGCAAGAACAAAAGAACUUUUGCAGGUGCCGCACGUGGGAGUGGAGCAGGAAGCAUCCGGUACAGAUACCAGUCUCAAGCACAGCACAAGGAGAAGCUGUACCAGGACAAGGCCAAAAGCGACCGGGGCACCAAGUUCACUCUGUCCCUUGAUGUUCCCACUAACAUCAUGAACAUCCUCUUCAACAUCGACAAGGCCAAGAAUUUGCGAGCCAAGGCAGCUGCCAAUGCUCAGCUGAUGGCACAGAUCGGGAAGAAGUAAAGCAUAGGCCAGGUGGGAGGGCAGCACAUGAGGCAAGAGCUCCAGGGUAGACGGUGAGGGAAACUGAGGGCGUGCCCUUGAAUCUCAAAGGACUGCUGCGCCCCUCCGAUCCCCUCUUGCUUCCAACCUGAUUUCCCUUGUCCCCUGUACAUAUACACUUAAGUUCAGCAUUGCCCGGCCUGUGCAGAUGAUGGAGGUUAGCAUCUCUCCCUGUAUCAUGUGUUUUCUUGCACCCUGUGGCCCUCCUCUUCAAGCUCCUUCCUGCUGUCCACGUGUCUAAGAAAAGACAGUCGAGGGCCCCCACCCCAUUCCACCCAUGCCUAGGCAGGUACAAGGAGAGGCACAGCUCACCUACCAAAUAUGGCCCCUGUGUCCCCAUCUGGAUUAAAGUCAACAGCUUCUUGAA